AUGCAACCUGCUUCACUCCUCCUUGCCCUGGCUGCUGCCGCUGCUGCGUCGCCGACCUACGGCUCGUUCCCCGUCAGAGGACAGACGUGUCGCAAGCUCCCCCAGGACAAGGACUGGCCGUCGCCGCAGAUCUGGAACGUCCUGAACGCGACCGUGGGAGGACGUCUGAUUGCCACAACACCCCUAGCAUCUCCCUGCCACGACCCCAACUAUGAUGCCGCAAAGUGUGACGCUCUCCGCGCGGGCUGGGUGUACCCGCAGACGCAUUUCGAUUCCUCCACCUCCAUUGUUGCUCCGUACUUCCAGAAUCAGAGCUGCGACCCGUUUACGUCUCGGGCAAGCACUUGCAAGGUUGGAACGUACCCCAGCUACGCCAUCAAGGUCACCAAGGCCUCGGAUGCCAUAGCAGGCAUGCUUUUCGCACAAUUGAACAAUGUGCGUCUGGUCAUCAAGAACACCGGUCACGACUUGCUCGGCCGUUCUACUGGUACCGGAGGUCUUUCGCUGUGGACGCACUACUUGAAGGACAUCACCAUCAGUGAUUACAAGUCGUCUUCUUACACCGGCAAGGCUAUGAAGAUGGGUGCUGGUGUCCAAGCCUACGAAGCCUACGAGGCCGCUCACAAGCAGAGCCUGCGCGUUGUCGGUGGUACUUGCCCGACUGUUGGUCUCGCCGGUGGCUACACCCAGGGUGGUGGCCACUCGAUGCUUUCUACCGUCCACGGUCUUGGAGCUGACCAGGUCCUGGAAUGGGAGGUUGUCACCGCCAACGGCAGCCUGCUCACCGCCACCCCCGACAAGAACAGCGAUCUGUACUGGGCCCUGUCCGGUGGCGGCGGCGGUACCUACGGCCUUGUCCUCAGCAUGACGGUCAAGGCACACGCCGACACCAAGGUCACCGGCGCCAUGUUGACCAUCAUCCAACAGGGCGCCGAGGACGCCUUCUGGAAGGGCAUCACGCUCUUCCACGCCUCCAUGACCUCGUACACGGACGCCGGCGCGGCCUUUGGCUAUUACCUCGGCCAGGGCAUCAUGGCCAUCCAACCCGUCACCUUCCCGGGCAAGUCCAAGGCCGAGGUCGAGGCGCUCAUGCUCGACCUGACCAAGAGGCUCGAUGCCGCCGGUACUGUGUACUCGCUCACCGUCACCGAGUUCAGCAACUACUACGACUUCUUCAACAACUACUACGGCCCGCUUCCCUACGGCGUCUACACCUCGGCCCAGGUCCAGGGUGGACGUCUGGUCCCACGCACAGUCGUCGCCACCGCCGCCUCCAACCAGGCCUUCACCGACGCCCUCAAGGCCAUCGUCCAGGACCAGGACUUCCACGUCGUCGGCGUCGGCCUCGACGUCAGCAAGACAGCAACCGCUUCCAACGCCGUGCACCCCAAGUGGCGCUCGACCGCCAUCACCAUCGUCGUCGCCGCCAACUGGGACUACACGCAGCCGUUUGCCACCAACGCCGCCAACGAGACCCUCAUCACCGACAAGUACGACCCGCUCCUCACGGCCGUCACGGGCGCCGACAGCGGCGCCUACGUCAACGAGGGCGACUUCCAGCAGCCCGCGUUCCAGGACAACUUUUUCGGUGCAAACUACGCCAAGCUGCGCUCCAUCAAGAAGAAGUACGACCCCAACAGCUUGUUCUAUGCGACCAAGCUGGUGGGCUCGGAAGACUGGGCUGUGCAGGCUGAUGGCAGGCUUUGCAAGGCCUGA